CAUCCUCCUACGUUUCGCAUUGUUUGAUGUGCAAGUGGUGACGGGAGUUAAAGAUGUCACAGUGAAGAGCUCUCGGCAAUACCAAUAACCAACACAUAGUCAGCAGCAGCGUAAGAGAGAUGUCAGGAUCGCAAGUGGAAAUGAACGAGAAUGAGUCUUUGUUCGGACCCUCUAACUUUUCGUACGAAAACUGGCCAACUAUGAAUGAUUCAGAAAAAGAUAUUAUUGCGGUUCGUGUAGUACCCAUUAUUUUCAUGGUGAUUUUUGUGACAGGAAUAUUUGGGAAUGCUCUCGUUGUUUACGUUUUCAUACGGAACAAAGCGUUUCGCACUGUUACAAACAUGUUUUUGCUUAACCUGGCGUUGGUGGAUCUCGUGUACCUAUGUUUCUGUUGUCCAUUUACUACAGUUAAAGUGUUGGUGAUGUAUUGGCCAUUUGGAAAUAUUAUGUGUAAAAUGGUGCAGUACCUCAUGGUGGUUUUCAUGUCAGUCAAUGUGAUGACGUUGACGGCCAUUGGAUUCGAUCGAUAUUUCGUCAUCGUGCAUCCUAAAAGGGUACGAGCAUACAGGACUUCUCAGAACACGUGUUACAUGAUUAUGGUACUGUGGGUAUUCUCUUUCCUCUUAUUUUCACCUGUUCUUCUGGUGGUGCGUGAAGUCAAAGCAUUUCGUCCCAUCUGCAUGGAAGAAAUGGAGGAUAACAAAAGGAAGGCCUAUUCAGCCUGCAUGUUUAUCUUCUUUUAUCUGAUUCCACAGACAUUGGUUGGAUUUUGUUAUAUUCAAAUUGCUCAAAAGCUGCGUGCGCACUUGAGACGCGGUGCCCGUUUGAAUCAGGCAGCUGUUGUCACGUUAAAAACACGUGGGAAAAUCGUCAAGAUGACAUUCGUUGUUACGCUGGCUUUCGCCGUUUGCUGGCUACCCCUUCACGUAGCAGCAAUAAUGAAUUCUUUAAACGUACCAGCCACAUCUUUUUCUUACCACUUGCACAUAUUUGCCCCAUGCUUCGCUUAUGUUACUGUGUCACUUAAUCCAGCAAUUUAUUGCUUCAUGAGUAAAACGUUUAGAAAAUAUUUAAGGGCUGCGUUUACCUGUAGAACGGUUACGUUAAAUGCUGCCAUGUUAGGGGAUGAUGCCGACUUGAUUCCGAAUAACCCGGAUGUAAGCAACAGUAGCAAACAAUGGGAACUUCGGAGCAUUACGACCAACCACGACAAAACAUCCCAUACGAAUGGAUCGACUGAGUGUGCUAUGAAUACGCAAACAGAAGAAUCCUCCCUGCUGGAGACCUUGAAUUACCCAAUAAGUAACCAAUCCAAACCCUGUUUCUUCAUGGAAAAUCUAGUCGACAAAGAAUGCCAAACAGAGAAGACUUGUAUAUCUGUCACAACGAAUAUAUAAUUGAUGUAAUUAUUUUUUAUUAAAAAAUCUGCCAAUAGUAAAACAUGUAUAACCUUCGUAAUCUACCAACCACAAUCGAAGGACUAUGAUAAGUUCAUUAACGCUUUUUAAUGGUGCUUCUCGUGUUAUUUCUAUUCGUGUACAUUUUAUGUAUAAAACAAUUGCAUUGUACUUUAACGUGGAAAACAGUGAUGAUGAAAUGAAGAUGGUUAAAAUUGAUAGCAUGGUCAGAAAACAACAUAUACUGACGAAAAUUUCCUUUCUCGUCAAAUACAUUUCUUAAUAAAGUGCAAAACAACA